CAUCUUGUACUAGAAAUCAUUCCUAAUUCUAAUAUCUCACGAUACUUGCAGUUAUUUGCGCUACUGCUGUGCGGUCUGAGUUCCUUGGCCGCCUCGCAGUCCAAGGAGAGAGUGUGGCACACCACAGUUGCCCCUACCACGACUGCGGUUCACCCUGAACCACCGCCCAUGCAGAAGGAUGAUCCGACAGAGGUUAAUUACUCAGAAGUUGAUGACUCAAGCCCACUCUCCGCAGAACUCCUUCUUCAGGAGGGUCAGGCUGAUCCAGAGGAUACACCAGAUUCUACCGAACAGGUCGAUAGUGCAAUUAAAGAUGCCGAUCCGCUUGCCUUGACCGGCUCCGAAGAAUCCCUAUCUGACUCUGUGGAGUCACAAAAUUCGAGUGAGACCAAAACGGAAAAGAAAUCCAGAAAAUGGAUGUCAAUCCCAAGAGGAGAAGUGCCUGAAUUGGAAAAAGAAGAACCUCCUGUAGAGAAAGAAGAGCGACCUUCGGAGAAGGAAGUAACUCCUAAGACGGAAGAGUUACCUUCUGAAAAGAAAGAAGUAGCUUCUAAAAAUGUUGACGUUGUAGAGCGCCCUGUGGAGGUACCACCAAUCUUCGGAGAACCUCGAAAGGACCCAGCUCCUAAGGGAGAACCAGAGAAGACGGUUGAAGAUUCUGCUAUGGAGUUACCGAAGAAUAUCUCUGACAUGCUGGAAGCAGCUGAGGUGGGAAUCCCGAUGAUGCUGGAAACUAUUAUCAGUAAGAAGACCACUGUGUAUGUAUCCAUAUCGGAAGCUGUGAUGGAUUCCGAGUUACAAUAUAUCAACUUGACCGGUAUUAGGAACUUCACCGGGAGGGAGCGUCGGGUUGUCGGCGGAUGUUUGGAUCUGUCCAAUCUUGAUCUCACUGGAGAGGAGGCUAAGGAGGUGAUCCAGCGAAUGUCAAAGCACAAAUUCCACAAGCUGGAUCUCAGGAACAAUCGCAUCACAGAGUUCCCUACCAACACCUUCGGCCCUGUGGCGUUCACCGUGAAGGAACUGAGGCUUGAUGGCAACCCACUACUGAGCAACUGCCAUGAUGAAGGCAACAUGCUGCAGCGUGGUGGACUCUUCCACCUGACGGAAUUGAGGGAGCUGAAUCUGUCCAGGUGCGGCCUAAAGGACAUUGACUUCUUCACCCCCUGGAACAGCAAUCAUUUGGAAGUUGUCGACCUCUCCGACAACGGGUUGUCCGCGGUGCCUUCCAACCUCCAAUUCUUCCACAAGCUGAAGAAGCUCCACAUGGACGGCAACCCUAUCACUGAGGUGGGAGAAUUGCCCUUUGCCCUGCUAUGGAAUCUCCAAGUGUUGACCAUGUCCAACUGCCGCAUCUCUUCCAUAGAUUCUGAUCCAUUCAGGAACAUGGAUCGUCUCAAGCUGCUCAAUCUCCAAAGCAACAACCUGACCCGUAUCGGGGAAUUACGCCUGUCCCGCAGUUGUUCCACUGCUAAGAUGUAUGUGAGCGGCAACCCUUGGCACUGCGCAUGCGACAUGCUCAUGUUCGUCGAGCGCUAUAACUACGCCGUGCGUGACCUUGAACAGAUAAGGUGUGCCUCCCCCCGCUGGCUAGAAGGUCUCCGUGCCGCCUACUUGACGAAGGAGAUCCUCUCCCUGGACUCCAUCGACGGCAGCUGCUUGCCUACCAGGGUCCACCCUGAAGUAGCCCCGGCAGUUCGCCAGUAUGCCCCCAUCCGUGCUGAGAGACUCGAGGUGUUCGCCGUGGUGGUGUUCGCUCUGGCAGCCGUCUUCAUGCUAGUCCACAUCUCGUGCUCUAAGAGGCGGGAGAAGCUCCGCAGUGAAGAACACCGAGAGGAUAUCAACUACAUUAGGAUCGAUAAGAAGCCCAACUUCAAAUAACAAUAACGCGUUACUCUUUUAAUUUAUUUUGUACAUGAAGCAAGGAAAGCUGUGAUUUAACUGUGUUGUUGUUGGUUCGUUUUGUCAUUUUUGCACAUAAAAUACUUUUAAAACCCAA